UUAAGUGAGAGCGUUCCAUACAAACAUGCCGCGCUGAUGAAGGCAUAGUUUUUUACAUUUGUCUUUUGGCUGAGAAGUAGGCUCCACUUCAACAUAUGCUUAGGCGCAAUCUCCUUAAUAUCAACUGAAUUAAUCAUGUACUUGGAUGUUUUGCCAAAUCAGGACCAAAACAAAAGAAAUAGCAGGCAGAGCCAUGACAGCAUAGAUAGAUGGUGCGAGAGAUGGAUCGCUUCACUGAGUGUGGGACUCAGACAGAUGCUGUGGUGGUGCUGUCUCUGGCACAGGCAGCAGUUCUGGGCUUGGUGUCUGAGAAUGAGCUUUUUGGGGCCACCAUCAGCCCUGGGGGCUUCUUCCCAGUGCUGGGAAGCGAACUUUCGGACACUGCAACAGUUGAGCCAGAGGAGCCAGAAGGUGACGACAGGCUGGAGCACGAGGGGCAGGCGCAAGGGGAAGCACAGGAAGAGGAAGCGUUAGAGGCAGAGUCGUCAUUUGAAAAGCAUGCCCGGAGGAGAAAACGGCCUCCCGUGAGGCUGGUGCCCAAAGUCAAGUGUGAAAAGGCUGAGGCAGAAGAAGAGGUAGUGUAUGAAGUGUCUAUCCCUGGAGAAGACAAAGAGAAACUGCAGCACAGUCACCCACCUGCUUUUGAAGACUCCAGCCACGAGAAGACGGUGCAGAGCAGCACCAUGAAGAUGAUUGACCUCAGCGCCUAGCACCUGCGUAGACAUGUGCGCCAGGAGCUGGAGCUUGGGAGCUAUGAGCAUCGCUUUCGGGACCCCGUUCAGGUGGGCAUCGCAGAGGCCAGCCUGGGCGGCGCGCCGGAGAGCACUGGCGCAGAGGCCCUGCGGACUGAGUGCGCGUUUGAGGCAAAUGCCCCAUCUCUGAGCGAUGCAGAAGCCCCUGUACCAGAGUCACCAGAGCAGGUGAAGAACGAGCAGGGCUUUAUAUGGCAGGAGCCUGGGGAGUUUGACACAGAUGCAGCUGGAGCCAACAGUGAGCGCAACAAGAAGGCCCAACUGGACCGCCUGGACAUCAACGUGCAGAUUGAUGACUCAUACCUGGUGGAGGCGGGAGAUCGCCAGAAGCGCUGGCAGUGCCGUAUGUGCGAGAAAUCCUACACUUCGAAGUACAACCUGGUGACCCACAUCCUGGGCCACAACGGCAUCAAGCCCCACUCCUGCCCGCACUGCAACAAGCUCUUCAAGCAGCCCAGCCACCUGCAGACACACUUGCUGACCCACCAGGGCACCCGGCCGCACAAGUGCGAGGUGUGCAACAAGGCGUUCACGCAGACCAGCCACCUGAAGAGACACAUGCUGCUGCACACCGACAUCAAGCCAUACAGCUGCCAGUUCUGCGGGAGGGGCUUCGCCUACCCCAGCGAGCUGAAGGCACACGAGGUGAAGCACGAGAACGGCCGUUGCCACGUGUGCGUGGAGUGCGGCCUGGACUUCUCCACGCUCACGCAGCUGAAGCGCCACCUCUCCACGCACCAGGGGCCCACGCUCUACCAGUGCCUAGAGUGCAACAAGUCAUUCCACUACCGCAGCCAGCUGCAGAACCACAUGCUGAAGCACCAGAACGUCCGGCCCUUUGUCUGCACGGAGUGCGGCAUGGAGUUCAGCCAGAUCCACCACCUCAAGCAGCACUCGCUCACCCACAAGGGUGUGAAAGAAUUCAAGUGUGAGGUGUGUGGGCGGGAGUUCACCCUGCAGGCCAACAUGAAGCGGCACAUGCUCAUACACACCAGUGUCCGUCCGUACCAGUGUCACAUCUGCUUCAAGACAUUUGUGCAGAAGCAGACGCUCAAGACCCAUAUGAUUGUGCACUCACCGGUGAAGCCAUUCAAAUGCAAGGUUUGUGGGAAAUCCUUCAACCGCAUGUACAACCUGCUGGGCCACAUGCACCUGCAUGCUGGGAGCAAGCCCUUCAAGUGUCCCUACUGCUCCAGCAAGUUCAACCUGAAGGGCAACCUGAGCCGGCACAUGAAGGUCAAACAUGGGGUUAUGGACAUCAGCCUGGACAGCCAAGAUACCAUGAUGGACCUGGCCGGGACAGAUCCAGCUGAGCUGGACGGCCAGCAGGAAAUGGAAGACUAUGAGGAGGAGAACUCUUACGACUACAGAGGGGUGAGGAACCCUCCGGAUGAGAACGCACUGACAGAGCAGGCUAUGAAGGAGAUGGCUUAUUACAACAUGUUGUAGCUGAGCGACAGGGCAGCAGGCCCAGAGCACACUGGAAGAAGGCUGCCAGUGACCUGCUUGGACUUUAUUUGGUAAGAGGAGCUCCUGUCACACUGCUGACAGGCUGUCACUCCCUGCAGCAUCUGGAACAGACCUGCACCACUGCCCCAUGAGAGGGGGGAGGCUCAAGCUAAGUGGGUGAAGGAGGAAACAGGGAUGUCCUAAACCUUUGCUGGGGCAAAGGAAGGAGCAGAGGCUGGAGGUGGCACAAGGCAGCGGUAGCUACCUGCUGUGAGCGCUCAGAGCUGGUGUACUGAGCCAUUAAGGGCUCAGUUCUAGGAUGUUUUGAGGCCGCUGCAGAGAUUUGGUUGAGCUUUUACUGUCACUUGGAUCAUUCCCUCUCAGGGCCCCUUCUUCCCCACUCACCCCGAGAGGGAGCGUCAGAGCUGCGCACUUGGUGCUUGCAGCUCACCUGCCCAGCAUUGAACUCCCUUCACUCUUCUGUACUCCUGCCUGCCCCUGGCUGAGCUCCUUUUAGUGACAAGCCACGACUUGACUCUGGUGUUCACCCUUGCUUGUACACUAGAGUUCUCCAGAAAGCAUACUUGAAGCUGCAGGCAGGGGAAGGCACAUCCCAGAAGAUGAUGAGCAUUACUAAUUACUCUACCUCCUGAGUCCUCCCUAAUCAGCUGUGCUGUGGUUGCAGAUCAGCCUGUAACCAUCAGGCCUUUACUCCUGCCUUUUGAACACCCAGCAGGGCAGAAGCCCCUCUACCUGCAAGAAGUCAAGCAGAAAGGAAGCUGUUUUGCAUUUCCUGCUCUUUCACUGUCUCUUCAGCAGGUGAGAACAGUUGUGAUUGUUUCAGCAUCAGGUGCAAGCUGAUGCAGACAAAACUGUGGCGACCCAAGAGAGGCCACAGGGCACAUACAAAACAGAAUAUUUUCUUACAAACUAAUUGCAAAGCUCGGUGGAAGCAGCAGCUCUGAACAGAGCAGCUUUAGAGAGCAACGUAUUUAAUGGAAGGCAAACCCUGUUCACCUUGAGCAAAUGAUGGUAUUUUGAAAGUAAUUUAUUUUUUUCAGAUGUGCUGCGUGGUUGGACUUAUCUUUUCACUGAGUUCAGUUUCCUUCAACCAACGUUCUUUGUAAACCUGUGUAAUGUGUGUGAUCUGUGAAGCUGCAAGCAGAGCAGGCUGCAUUGGAACUCAGGGCUCCUGAGGGAGGGCUGAGGACCAAAGAGAGAUGUCCUGCUAGCUGCAGGAAAGCAGCCGUGUUGGUCUACUGAGUAAGGAGGCAGGGCCUGUGGCUAAUGAACCAAAGCUGCUGUAUAUGCUAUAGGCACUAUCUCUUGACCCCUUUGAGCUUCUCCAGUCUCAACCAUCCCACCAAGGAACAGAGGCGUUCAGAGUUCAGGAAAAGGGUUUUGUUCUGGAAACACAGCCCUUGGGCUGCUGGCUUGCCUAACUGACUCUCAGAUGCUGUGGAGGGAGGGAAGAGAAACAUGCCAGAAGUGAUGGGAGGCAAAGGUGGCAACUGCGGUGCCUGUGUUCCCAUCCCCUCUGCUGCAAAGAGGGAGCAGGGGGCAGCACACGCACGCCUGCCCAGCACAGAGCACCGCUCUCACAAGCGUGCCCCACGCUGUUCGUAACCCCAGCAGGCACUAGAGAGUUCAGGGAGGCUGCAGCAGGCCCAAGACCUGGAGGCAAACCAUGAUUCCAGAGACAGAGCGGAGGGGAGCUUCCUGGGGAAGAAGUAGCAGUAUUUGCACAGAGUCCAAGAGAACCUUAGCUAACCCUCUGCCUACACGCACACUGCUGGGAGGCUCCCCUGAUGAGGGGGUAGCAACACCUCUCAGGGCAGAGCAAGCAUGCUGCUCUCAGCGCAGGCUGUUGGGCCAGCACAGCCAUGUGCCUGCCCUGGCAGCUCUUUGCUGGGGUGGGUUGCAUGCUGCCUGCCUUGCUCAAGGCCCAUCAGGAUUUGUGGGUGCUGCCAAAUAGUGUUGUAGGUCCCCGUUCCCUGGCUGAGGGGGUGUCUCUUUGUGGUUGCUGUGAAAGUGAAGCUAAGCACCUGCCUUGCCCCCUCAGUUAGUGGGCUAGCAUAGCCAGAGGGGGAUGCCUAUCCCCUGUCACCAAACAGGUCAUGCUGGUGAAGAACACCAGCUCUGAGAGCAGGUGAUGCAACUCGGCACUUUCCCUGGCAGGGCUCAUGGCCAGCUCCAGGCUCUGUGCCCAGAGCCCCCCAGCAAGGUGCAGUGCAGCAUUCAUUGCUAGGGCCCCCAGCUUUGCUCUUGCCUUCUUCCUGCCGGUGGAGUAACUUUCUCCAGACUUAGGGCAGGAUGGAGAAGGCACUGAGCUUCCCCAAGCAGCAGAGAGCUCAGCCAGUUUGGCAGUACAGCCCCCUACCCCAAUCGACUUCUGUGCUUUGAGAUAGCACAGCAUAUCCCCCACAAACUACCUCUGUCCCUGGUUACCAAAAAAAACAAAACAAAACAAAACACGCUUGCACAACAGGCAGUGGCUGUGAGGAGCAUCCCCUCCCGAGCCAGGCUGGGGCCCAGGAGCAGAUAGGUUAGGGAAGCCGAGCAGAAAGAGCCUUCACCGCUGCCAAGGUAGCAGCGUCCGCUGCGUACCCCAGGCUGGCGGGGCAGAGCUCCGGGAGGCACGCGGCACAGCCCUGGGGCUAGUCAGCACCAGGGUUCGCUCUAGCAGCUCGUGGAGACGAGGCAGAGGGUGCUGCUGGAGGAUGUGGUCAGUGCCUCUCCCCCGGAGGGGCUGUGGCUCGCAGCAGUAGUUGUACAGAGGAUGCCUGCAAGCUGUGCAGCUCCUGUGACUCCAUUACGUUACUGCGUUGUGUAUGCAGAGUGGUUCAGCCGUCUCUUGUGCAAAGCCCUACUGUGUUUUUUUGAUCUCCUUGGUUUGAAGAGUUGUUUAGCAAUAAUUCUAAAUAAAUGAAUAUUCUGC